GAUGUCGUUUUAUUGAAGAGAGCCCGUCCACCUCGAGUAGACGUUUCAUUCCACUAAUAAAUUUAAAUAAGAAUGGCACACUUUAUUUAAAAGUAUUUUUAAACGGCGUUCAUCGAUGCAACGAAUACCAACUUUUUACCAAACGACCAAAACAACAAUCCUGGGUUGGUAUGAAAGAGGACACUGAUCUAUUUACCACAGGUUGGACAGAAUCGACGGACAUAUUUUUGACAUUACAG